AGAUAUAUAUUCGCUCAAAAGGAACAACAAGGAAAGUAAGAGUGAAAUCGAUUGGUUCGAUAGUUCCAGAUUUCGCGAAAUCUUGCACCGACAUGGGCGAGGGUAGCCCAGCGUGCGACCAGCUAAGCGCCACGAGCGUUCCCACGAAAAUCGUCCCUUCUGAUCACCACUUUCCUCCCCCUUGAUGUCUCGCUCUCUUUCGUAUCCCCCUAUAUACCGUUCGUGGAACCUAGGGUUCGAAAUAGAGGGAGAAAAAGAGAGCGGCCGGUUUUCACCUUGCGACCGAGAAGCAGAACAGAGAAGUUUCCCCCUCCACUCAAAGGAGGCGCGGCACACCUUCGCCCCCCCACCACUGGACCUACCAUUGGGUCGGGGGACGAAACGGGGCACGCGGUCGUGUGUCGUCCCCAAGUCCUCCCGCACACGACAUACGUCGGCCGCCACGCGACCAGUGCACACGCCUGCGAGUGGUGCGCGUUUCGCAACACCGUCUAACCUAUCGCGAGUCCGUUUUGCGCGCGUAAUACACGCGACCGCGAACCUCCUCGGCAAGCCGCGGCACGUGAACGCGAUCAACUUCCAACCAACGAUAAUAGUUGCUUCUUUUCACGUGAUUCCAUUCUCCAGUUUUCACACCUAAGAGUUUCUUCUUUGCUCUUAGGUGUUCCUUCAAUAAUAUAUAUAUAUAUAUAUAUAUACAUUAAUUAUGGAUCGAAAUAUUCAAACGUACGUUUGACCUGUGUUUUUUUUUUUCUCUUUUUACGAAGAUUAAUAUUUUUUGUGAAAGUGUCGACAAUUGGAAGAUAUUCGAAGAAAGUGUUGUUGUAAGAAGGAGAAGGAGAAAAUGUGGAGAGUGGUGGUCGCGCGAUCGGACGAGAAUAGCACGUUGCUGUCAUCGGAGAUCGGGUCUGGUCCGGUGGGUCCGAAUCACAUCCCCAGCCUGUCCGGGCCACCUUCCGGGCACCACCAUCAUCACUGGGGCUAUCCACCGCCACCCCACCCGUCUUAUCAGCCGCAACAUUCCGACGUGUCGCGGCAUCAUCACGACCCCCGCCCGCCCCAUGACCUCAGGCAUCCGGCCACGGCCACCGCCGAUCUCAGGCCUCAAGAGAUCAGGCACGAGAUGCACAGGCCUGAUCUCAGGCACCAGCCGUCCGAGUUGCACAGGCCAGAAAUGGCGAGGCACCAUCAGGAUCUGAUGAGGCCCGACAUGGCCACGGAAAUUAGAUCUAGUCACGAGUUCCCUGAUCUCAAGAUCGACGUCGCGGAUAUUAGGAAUCAGGAGAGUGGACAACAACAGCAGCAGCAACAGCAGCAACAGCAACAAGCGUCGCAACAGGGUCAGGCUCAUCAACAGAGAAGUCUGAAGAGAACUAUGAGCGAUUCCGACUGCGACGACGUGUUCUCCGAGGAGAGCGGCAAAGAGCCUUGCAAUUCGCCGGGAGGCGAUUCUUGUCAGCACGCGUCGCGUAAGCGAAGAAGAGGGAUGAUCGAGAAGAAACGGCGCGAUAGAAUAAACGCGUCUCUCGGCGAGCUUCGUAGGUUGGUACCGGCAGCGGCUAGGGAUCCUCAUAGCGGGAAAUUGGAGAAGGCGGAGAUUUUGCAGCUUACCGUCGAACAUUUACGAACCCUUCGAAACAAAGGGCCGGAAGGAUACGACAGCACGAAAUUGGCGAUGGAUUAUCACGCGGUCGGUUGGGGGGAGUGCGCGGCCGAGGUUGGCCGCUACCUGGUCACGAUGGAGGGCCUCGACGAGAGAGAUCCACUGAGGCUGCGACUGCUCUCCCACCUUCAGAGCUUUCACCGGGAGCACCAUCAUCCGCCACCGGCCGCGCCCGUCCCUCCCCCGGUGACCAGCUUGAGCUCGACCUCGACGAGCACCAACUACGAGACGGCGAGCACGGUUUCCGCUGGAAUGCCACCUGGGACGGGGACUAUGCCACCCAUUCUGGGUGGAGGCGCUCUCGGAUGGGGCCAGUAUCCGGGACAGUAUCCUCAGCAGCAGCACGGGAAACCUUACAGGCCGUGGGGCGCAGAAUUGGCCUAUUAAUUAUGUUUCACGAUUUUACAAUUCCUCUUCUUCGUGAAUACUUUCUUCGUUUAU